CAAUUACUGAGCAGACGGCGACGGCCAAGACACCAGUGCUCUUCCGGUACCACAUAACAUUAUCACCGAGGAGAAAAUUGAGCGAAGUCUGCGCCUACGAGAAUCAACCUUCGACUGUUCCACAGCUUCACCUGAAUAUGGACUAUCAACCGCCUCAGGUGGAAUCCUUCGGAGACUUGUGUCAUCUUAGCGAAACAGCCGAUGGAAAGACCUCGCGAUUUGCCGUCACAAGUCGUGAUUACCAGGUCUGGAUCGGCGAAGCUCCGGUUGGUCUCAGUGACUUGAGCCUAGAGACCAUCACGGAUACUCUGAAGUCUGUUAUCCCGGAUGAAGAUAUUUACCCUGAGGCUCCAUCGCAUAUCACGACUGCUUCGGAUUCGAUUGACAGCAACAUUUUCGUCAAAGGCCCCAAAAUUGGAUGCUACAACGAGCUUGUGGGUACUGAUACGUUGCCGAAAUUGCUUCUCCAGGAAGCUGAGACAAUGGAGAUUCUACGAUGCAGUCAACAUAGGAAUAUUGUUCGAUAUCAUGGUGUCAUUACGAGGAGGGGUCGUAUUGUCGGUCUUGCCUUGGAUCGACACCCUCGUACGCUUGACCUUGAAGUCCGACUGCAAAAGCGGAAGAUCGAUUACAAUAUGUGCUUUAACGCGAUCAAGGCAGCAGUGAAGCAUCUUCAUUCACUUCAACUAGCUCAUAACGACCUGAAUCCGAACAACAUUAUGAUGGAUAAAGAUGGCAGCCCUAUCCUCAUUGAUUUCGGCUCGUGUCAGCCCUUCGGGAAGCCCCUCCUCACAGCAGGUACACCGGGAUGGUGCGAUGGAAAUUUCAUUACUUCAGCACAGCAGAAUGACGAAUUCUCUUUGAAAAAACUCCAGGUCUGGCUCCAAAGUAUAGUUAUCAAAUGAAGUAGUUAUGUACAGCUAGGAAGACCUGGUCCUUGGUGGCUGAUAAUUUCGCGAUUGAGGGCAUUCUGAACUUAAACAGUCCACGAAUCGGUGCUCGAAUGUGUGCGUAGAGUGGCCCUGGCUAUCGGUCGUGGUUUUGAUCGUAGUAACGUUACCACACCUAGAUUAGGAUUAAAUGCUGUCAAUACAGGGGCGAUACUGAAUCUGACUGACAUAUUCAAGUUGGACUCAAGCUAUUUCCGUACUCUGAGAUCUGGUUAUAUGAAUAUGUUUUCAGUGGAAUGAACGGAACGUAGUUAACAUAGACUGAAUACAAUAUAUGUAGACGUGGCACGCCAUACCCCGCAGCGAUAAGAUCGCGGCGGGGCAGCGGGG